CUGAACCCCUGACAGUGAUGCUCAGUGCUGAUGGGUCAAUGCCUGCAGCAGUGACUGAUGAUGUGAAUGUGUUUUUUUGGCUGUUUUUCAGAACCAGGCAGCUAAAUGGCACCUGUGUCAGCUCAGUGGACAUGGAGCUCUUCCUCCAUUACUCCCUCAUCCCAUCACUUUUCAUCAUUUUGGUCUUGUCCUUUCUCCAAAGACGAGAGCACCGUAAGCAGAGAGAUGAUACUUCUCACCUCCUGGGGAACCGCUUUGGAAUCAUCAUACCUCUGGACUUUGUGGGCACCUUUAGUAACCGAUGGUCUUAUGGAAUCGCCUUUGGGGCCACAGCCAAUAAAGUCAUGUUCUUGUUCUCAGAAGGGUACCAGCCCUUACAUAUCCCUCAGUGGGCACAAGCCUUUGUGCUUCUGAUUGGAGGCAUGGAAGUCGGCCUGUCUCACUUCCCCUUCUUUGCCUGCCUCUCGUCGGAGUUCCGGCUGGUCAGCUCCAUCCUUGGCUUCAGCUACUCUCUGAUCUGGUUUGCUGUCACCAUCCUUUACAUCAUACAGUGUCCCCAUGGGCAGUUUUUGGGGAAGUACGAGACCGUCAUGUUCUACUGGCCCUCACUGCUGUGCCUGGCCUUCCUGCUGGGCCGCUUCCUUCACAUGUUUGUCAAGUCGCUGAGAGUCCACCUGGGCUGGGAGCUGCAGAUGGAAGAAAAGCCUUUCCUGGAAGUUCACCAGGCGGAGCAUGUCAAGCGGCUCCUGAGGAAGGCCCCCCUGCAGGAGACUAAAAAGUCCUGGUUCCAAACCAGGGUGUAUGAGUGGGACCCCUGCUUUCAGUUCCCAAGCAGAAUGAUUGGAACCACUGUGUUGGCUUUCAUAUGCCUGUACCUUUUCAUUGUCAUUGAGUUCUGCAUGUUCAUGUAUGUGAGAGACGAGCUGGAUGUGUUUGAAGGGGAGCUGGAGAACUACAUCGCCUCCAUGAACCAGACGGGGACCCUGACCCCUGUCAUCCUGCAGGUGAAAGAGCUGAUGAACGUCAGCAAAGGAGUCUGGCUGGUGACCAUCUUGCCUGCCUCCCUCACGUGUAUGAGCUAUCUGUUCCACAUACUGGCCUGUUACAGAAAGCACAUGAAGAGGCUGUGGGCAGGAAAUAAACACUUUCUCCCUUUGAAGUUCCAUCAUCCUUCCUCAUCGAAGAGUGUGGUGGCCAUUGCAAGGUACUCUGGCUGGCAAAUAGCCUAUAUUCUGUGGGGCUACCUCAUCAUCCAUGUGGUACAGAGCCUGUGUGGCCUGAUGAUCAUGUACAGCCUGGUGUUGCCUGUCGUCCACAACCAGGGCCUGGAGAUGCUCCAAGGACUGGGCAUCGGGACCCUCACCAUAUCCAUCGUCCUGGGUCUCAUGACCCUGCAGGUAUGGAUCGCCACCAGCUUCUUCCUGCAGCCAAAGAUGAGCACGGCUGACAAGCAGAAGCCCUUGGCUCUCAACAACAGGAAAGCCUUCCACAACUUCAACUACUUUCUGUUCUUCUACAAUGUGCUCCUGGGCCUGGGCGCCUGCCUCUCCAGGCUGCUCAUCAGCUGCAUCCUGGGCACGUGGCUGAUUGCCCGCAUCGACAGGACCAUCAUGCAGAAUGGCUAUGAGGGUGCAGACAUGGGGUUCAGCGCCUGGAUUGGCAUGCUCUAUGUGGAUCAUUAUCAUACCAACCCUGUGCUCGUCAGCUUUUGUAACAUCCUGAUCACAGGGCACAGGGAGCGGAGGCUGCAGCAGGCCAUCAAAUACUGGUGCCUAAAUCAGUCAGCAGGUCCCCGAGUCUCAGCCAGGUCCAGGACGCGGUGGCUUCUGCUGCAGACCCUGGUCAACAAUCCCAAACUAGUCAUGCUCAGAAAAUCAAGACCAGGUCAUAGCUCCCGGGAGUUUACCCAGAUUCUUUUGAUGGGCUCAGAGAGCUGACAGUGACCUCCGACCUUGCUAUAAGGCCAUUCCAGGAUGACUGCUCCAGAGAGGACCCAGGCUACCCAGCAGCUGUCCCCUGCAUUGUGACAGGAUGCACAGUCCCUGUCCACUGCAUACAGCACCAGACACUCGUGGAUGGCACCUGGGCUGAACCAUGAAGUCUCAGCCCUAAUAAUUCACUCCUCUGGUAAAAAGAUCAAGAACUAAAGAGAAUUUCUGUUGAACAAUCUUUUCUCAAUGAUUUCCACUAUCGAUGGUUAGGAGGCAGCCUUGGGGAGUUCCAUAUGGACAAACAGUUUGACCACAGGGCAGAACUUUGUGUCAGUGAAGAAUGUGGUAAAAUGGCUAUCUAUACCAGGAGAGUUUGACUAUUGGACACAGUUGUUCUCUGGGAGACAAUAUGGCCUUAAUCCAAUAGGAUCCUCAUUGCUCCCCCACUUUCCAGGCCUCCUGGUGGUGGGAGAGACCCCAGCCUCUAAUCUGGUAGUGUGAGCAGGCACACAUUGGGCUCUUCCUGCCAUGGCCACUGGGAUGAGGAACAGAUCAGAACUGACCUGGGUCUUGGGCACAAAGAAGAUAUACACAUCUGACGAGGAGGGGAUCCCCCAGGAAAGCUGCCUAUCUGUGGAGUCAGAGAUGGGGGUGUGCAGGCAUUCUCCUUGGAGGACAACAGAGCAAAGGAGUGGGAGCAGGAGAGCCCCAGGCAUGUUGGAGGAGGGGAGGCCUCUGGUGUUUGCAGUGCAGGGAAUCAGGGGUGGGUUAGACCACCUAGGGAGGCUCAGACGCCAGGCUGGAAGACGCCAGGCCUGGACAUUUCUCUGUGUGCAGAGGGCCCAGUCCUCACCCUGAGUCUUCAUACCCUGGUGUAAGGUCUCUGAUGGUUCAGGGCUUGUACAAAGUGACCAAAGUCAUGCAGCUUGUGCAAGUGCCAGGAGGACAUACCAACAGGGUGAGGGAAGUCCCCAUCCACCUCAUGAGUCCCAGAGCCAUUGAAGUUCGGUAAUCACAUUAAGCAUCUACUGUAAACCUGGUCCUAUUGCUAGAUGUGUCUGCCAGACUCAUCUCUUUUAAUUUAACCUUUGCGACUAGACUUUGUCACUCCACUUUCAGAAACUGAGAAAACUGUGACUGGUGUGUCGGGAUCCCCACAUGACCACUUCCAGCUGUGUAACACCAGCUAAACUCCUUUGCCUUUCUGUGCUGCUUUUUCCUCAUGAAUAAAAAUGGCAAUACCUGG